AUGGAAUCUAUAAUGUUGAAAACAUUGGACUGGCGAUUGAAUCCACCAACAGUGCAGUCGUUUAUCUACCUAUGGGGAAAUCAUUUGUACAAUGGGGGGCUAUACGCUAUGGAGUCAAUAGAGAGAGCUUGUUUUCUUGCAGAAAUUGCAGUAUUUGAUACUUUGUUAGCAUCAAAGGGGAGAGCGCUACUUGCAAUCGCAGCACUAAUUGAGGGUAUGGUGGGCUUUGGCAGGUGUGGUGCUCCGGCGUACGAACAGGUGGAGGCCGCUAUUCUUCGAAAACUGAAGACCGUCUUCGGAAUCCACUACGCGCAAGAGGAAAUAAAGUGUAUCCGGAACCGUCUUUCCCAUAUCUACACCAAGACAUCGCAGUACCAAUCAGACUAUAGCAACCAAUCUGACGCUAGUACUAGUAGUAGAAUGGUGCCCUACAAUGGUGAAAACAAGGUCAACAAGAUACAACAUCAUCAAGAAUCGGUGGGGAUAUGCAGGAAUAUGAUCAAGACGAAAUAUUUACAGUCACCUAGAAGUGUGCGGACGAAAUGUGAACAAGGCUAA